AUGGCAAAAGAAAGUUUAAGGAAAUCAGAACAGAAAAAAUUAGACAAGAAAUUCAAAUAUGAAUUGAAACAAAAGCUCCAAAGGAAGCAGGAGAGCUCACAUUCAAAAAACAAAAAUUCUCUGUCAGAAUUUAUUGAUCCAACAGUUCCCGGCGAGAAGAAAAUUCUUCAAAAUCUUGAUAGCCCAGGCCUUAAUACAUAUAUUCCUGCUAAUAUCAACUCUUCGUGGCAUCAGUAUUGGUCUAGUAUCCCUUUGACCAAUCAUUUCAGAAAUGAUUAUUCGUCUACCUUUUCAAUAAUUGGCUUUCCCCAUAAAUUGAAUGGUGUCAAUCAUUUGGGGACUUCUUGUAAUCAAAUUUUGCAAGAUGCUUUGUUCAGAUACUAUAUGAUGGAAAAUGAAAAUGUUUUAAAGAUCUUUGGCUUCAAUCAUGGUGAUAUUCUUAUCGAGGAUAAUCUUGAAAAGAAAAUAUUGAAUGAUGAAAAAUCCAAAUAUUCUUUGGACAAUGCUGGUUUUCUUGAACAAAUGAAUCAAUUGAGACGCACAAAUCAAAAGCAAGCAAAUAUUCAAUUUAAAACUCUAGGAAUAUUGCUUGAUGAUGAGUUGGUUUAUGAUACCUUGAAUCCAAAAUUUAAAGGUUUGACUGACCGCUGCUUCAUUGAGCUCCAUAGCCAAGGAAUGAUAGAAAGAAAACCAUCAAUGGUGAAUUGGUCAUAUUUAUCAAGCUCACCUGUCUCAGAUACAGAUAUAACAUAUAUGAAUAUCAAAGGUAGAACCUUGAUGAAAGUACCAGGAUAUGAUCAUGAAAUUGAGUUUGGAGCCAUAAAUGAUAUAAUUUACAAAAUUUCAGAUUCUGAUGAGCACUUGGUGAUCGCCACCACAAAACCUGAAACAAUGUUUGCUGAUGUUGCUAUUGCAGUACACCCAAAUGAUAACAGAUAUGUUCACUUGGUUGGCAAGAAGGCUAUACACCCAAUAAAUGGUAAUUUGAUCCCUGUUAUAUUUGACGAUGACUUAGUGGAUAUUAAUUUUGGAACAGGGGCGGUUAGAUUAGCACCAUCAAACAAUCUUAAAGAUUACCAAAUUGGAUUGAAAUAUGGUCUAAAAUUCGUAAAAAUUUUUAAUAAGGAUGGGACUUUGAACGCGAAUUGUGGAAAAGAAUGGCAAGGUUUGAAGAGACUAGAUUCAAGAAGGAAAAUUCUAUCAGUUUUGAAAGAAAAAGGACUACUUAUUGGAUCUAAGGAUAACCCAAUGAGAAUUCAAAUAUCAUUGAAGACUGGCGAUAUUAUUGAAAAGCGCUUACAUAGUCAUUGGUAUCUUAACUUAUCCCUUCUGCCUAACAAAAAUUUUGAAGAUGAACUUCUUCAAGAAUUGAAUCAAGUGAAAAUAUACCCGACAAACUUCAAGGAUGACUUAGUUUCAGCAAUAAAUAGAUCAAGAGGUCAAAGUUUGAUAAUGACUAAUGAAAAAUCGUUGUGGAAGACGAGUAAAAGCCCCUCUUACUUUCCUCAAGUAUAUCAAGAAGAUGACAGCAAAUUUGGUGAUGAGUCAUUUUGGUUUGUCAGCGAUAGCAUAAAGAAAGCUGAACAGUUAUCGAGGGAAAGAUUCCGCGACGAUGAACUCAAAUUAAUUGAUGAUGAAGAUAACCUUGGGUCAUGGUUUUUCGAAUCAACUUUUCCUUUAACAAGCGUGGGUUGGCCUGAUACCCAAACUUUCUAUCCACAUUCCUUGUUGGUCGCCUCUAUUUCCGAUAUUGACAAAAUUGCAAGAUCUAUGAUCGUUUGUUUUCUUUUGACUGGGUUUUUACCAUUCAAGGAGAUUCUAUUGCACCCCAUUGUCACUGAUUUUAAUGACAGAAAGUUGUCCAAGAGAUUGGGAAACUCUUUUGACCCCUUGUUUAUCGUUGAAGGUUACGGCAAGACCGAUAUCGUAGGAAAUCUUACCCAGUUUGCUAAUAGUAAUAAAAAGGACUUAAAAAAGUUGAUAAAAGCUUUUGACACGAAAUUUCCCAAGGGAUUCAAUGAAUUAGGUGCUGAUGUUUUUAGGCUAUUUUUUUUGAAAAAGUUAGGUACGAAUGAAAACUUCACUCUCAAUAAUUUGGCGGAAAUUGACAAUGAGAAAAAAUAUGUUGGGAAAAUAUAUCAAUUGGUUAAAAAAAUCCUAGCUGAAUUGGACGUUGAAUCUAAUGAGUAUGACAACAAUGAUUUUACUGUCAAAUAUGUUUAUGAUAAAUGGAUUCUUAACAAGUUGAAUGAAUUAACCAAAAACAUGAAUAUUAGCUUACAGAACAAAGAUUUUUCGAAAGCGGUUGAGUCUCUUAAUGACUUUUGGCUUGAUGACCUUGACAGGUCAUAUUUCAAUAUAAUCAAGAAUAAGUUAUUGUCAUUGCCUGAAGGAGAUCUUGAUAGAGUAAAUUCAAAGAAAAUAUUGUACUACAUUUGUGAAACAACUUUGAGAUUAUAUUAUCCUCUCGCUCCGUUCAUUAGUGAAGAACUUUGGCAAAGGUUGACCAACAAUGGAAGCAUAUCUAUUGGCUUACAAAGUUUCCCAAAAGCUUAUUAUCAAUUUGAACAUGUUGAGAGUUUUGAAAAACUCUUAGAUUUGAGUGCUUUUGUUGAUAAAUUUAUCAAUUGUUAUGGAAAUAUUAAAAAUGGAGAACUUAUUAUAAAAAUCCAGGAACAUUCAGAUUUAUUUGAUAUGGUUCACGAGAACAGUAAAAUAAUUUUGGAUCUCAAUAAGAAGUUGUCAACAGUUCUGCUUGCUGACUAUAAGAGUCAAAUCAUGAAUAGCACUGAUUAUGUUUCCAAGAGAUACAAUGACUUAAUCAUUGUUUUUCUUUUAGUGAAAGGGACCUUAGAUAUUACAAAGGAAAUAGAAAGAAAUGAAUCAAAAUUAACAAAAUUAAUUAAAAAGAGGGAGACUAUUGAAAAUUUGCAACAUGGCAAGGAUUAUGCUACAAAGUCGUCCCGGGAGUUGCAAAAAAGGCAUGCUAAUGAAUUACAAACUUAUGCAUAUGACAUUUCGUCUAUUGAGGGAGUCGUGGAAUCAUUGAGAGGUAUUAAACUUUAA